GCGCCUCCGGCUUUCCGUAGUUUCACAGACAGUGAUGGAGGAAAUGCGGAUGCGCUAGAUGCUUGCGAUUCGUCCUUUUCCGACAUAUCACAAACUCUGUCGUUUAGUCACGUUGCAGCUCAGAUAGACGGCGUCGCGGAUUGUCUUUAAAAUUCGCAAUCUUUUAUUUUUUGAAAAGGAUUGAUUUCUUCUUUGUUUUGUGUGCUGUUGUGUGUGCUCCAUCAUGGCUGUGGUCAUCCGAUUACAGGGACUUAGAGUCACUGCUGGUUCUGAGGACAUUCGCAAUUUCUUCACUGGCCUCAGAAUCCCUGAUGGUGGGGUUCAUAUAAUUGGUGGGGAGCUUGAGGAGGCUUUUAUAAUAUUUGCAUCUGAUGAAGAUGCAAGACGAGCGAUGUCGCGCUCAGGGGGCUGCAUUAAGGGGUCUACUGUCAACUUGUUUCUAAGUAGCAAGUCAGAAAUGCAGAGUGUUCUAGAGGAAAGCACCAGAAGAUCAGAGUUUAAAAAUAGGGCCAUGUACAAGGAGCCUGUGAAAAGAGCUUCUGCGGAACAAGGUCCUCUGCCGUUCAGUAAAGACACCAGACCAGAUGUACGAAGGGCAGAUCAUCCAGAGAUGAGGGGAAGGCCAGCUUCGUCUACAUUCAGUGAAGCACGACGCCAGAGAGACGGGGAUGCACCAGAGAGAGCCGAGGUUUAUUUGAAAUUAACAGGCAUGCCGUUUUCUGCAACAAAAGACAACGUCCAUAACUUUUUUGCUGGGCUAAAAGUUGAUGAUAUUCUGUUUUUGAAAAACCCUAGAGGAAUGUUCAGCGGAAACAGUAUGGUUCGCUUCACCACCAAAGAGGAUGCAAUUGAAGGUCUUAAGAGAGAUCGACAAUACAUGGGAUCACGGUACAUACAAAUAACGAGAUGCACUGAAGAGGAGUGGCUGAAAGAAGGAGGUCUCAUCGUUGCAGCAGAUAUGCGGAAAAGAACACCAGUAGAGCGAGUGAGAUCUCGAUCUCCCAUUUCCUACAGGUCAAGAUCACGAUCGCCCUCCCAUGAGGAGUACUGCAUCAUGUUUGAGAACUUGCCUCCUUUGGUUGAAAAGAGAGAUGUGAGGGUGUUUCUUCAGCCAGUUGCUUUAAAGGAUGAUCAGAUAAUUAUCUUCUCCUCGAAAAAGGAUGAUAAGUCCAAAUCGGCUGUUGUGGUGUUUAGAAGUCUGACAGACUAUUGUGCUGGCUUGGCUCAUAAUAAGGAAAUGAUGUAUAACAAGGUAGUGUAUGUGUCACCCAUCUCCAAGGAGAAAAUGGUCACCAUGUUGGAAUCAUCCAUUGAUGCUAGAGGUGAGGAAAAAGGGUCAAGGCGUUCAGCUGAAGCCUCACAGUCUCAGCGAAACACUCCUGACUCGCAGUUGAGGUGUCUCUAUGUACGCAACCUCCCGUUUGAUGUUCGUAAGGUGGAGAUCAUGGACUUCUUUCAUGGAUAUGCGCUCACGGAGGAUAGGGUCAUCUUAUUGCGGGAUGAAAGAGGAGCUGGGCUUGGUGAGGCUUUGGUCAUCUUUCAAACUGAAAAGGAGGCCAUGACGGGACAGUCCCUAAACGGACAGAGGUUUCUUGGAUCUGAAGUCAUGCUGAAGUGCAUAACAAUGUCCCAGAUGGCCCAGUUUGGUGUGAACGACCAACCGAUGGUUAGCCCGCAAGAAAGGAACUUUCAAGAACGGAACUUUCAGGAUCGGAACUUUCAGGAUCGGAACUUUCAGGAUCGGAAUUUUCAGGAAAGGAACUUUCAGGAACGGAACUUUCAGGAACGGAACUUUCAGGAUCGGAACUUUCAGGAUCGGAACUUUCAGGAUCGGAACUUUGAAGAAAGGAAUUUUCAGAGAAAUGAAGUUUUCAACGAUGGUCCUGGUUUCAUUAACAACCAGAUGCCCCAAGGUGAUUUUGAGAUGCUGCCUAAUAUGCACCAAGGUUAUGGAGGUCACGAACACUUUGAGCCUAAUUUUGGGCCGGGUCCUGAUGGCAAUGGUCGUCAACAUUACGAACCUCCUGACGCGCAAUUUGACGCUCCGACCUGCGUUAAGUUGGUCAAUCUGCCCUCACAGAUAAGAAUAGAAGAAAUCUAUGACUUCUGCUAUGGGUACAGAGUGAUUCCAGGAUCUGCCUCGUUGCUGUUUGAUAGGAAUGGAGCUCCAAAACGUUCAGCAACUAUAGCAUUUGAUAACCACAGAGAGGCGCUAGUUGCUGUUCGAGAGUUAAAUGGACGACCAAUUGGCACCAGAAAAAUUCAGGUUUUUAUUUUGUAGAUAUGCUUUUGGGCAACAUCAUUGUUGAAAUCGGCAUUUUUCAAAAAAAAUAUAUAUAUAUUUUAAAAGUUGGAUAUGGUUUCUAUUGAUUUAAAUGAAGAUGUUUUCUCUCAUUUGCUUGCUUUCCACAAAACUGCUGAUGAAAAUUGCUUAAAUUUAGAUUCAAAGCUUGAAUAGCUUGAUUUUGAUAAAACUGCAAAUUGUAUGCAUGUCAGUGACAGUAUCUAGGCUCAGUAUUACGUGUGCCAUUGAAUGUUUUUCUCCUCCGAGUAAUGAAUACCAUAGAUUUUACAGUACAUGGGUGUUAAGAUUUUUUUUAUAUGAAUUUGAUUAAAAAUGACCUUCCUAACAUUGUGAGGUUGUAAAUGUUCUCAUAAAUACAGAAAUAUUGUCACUUCAUAUUUGAUGCAAUUAAAGGUCGCAGCUUGUUCUUCUCA